AUGAACAUACUUACUGACACUAAUCAUGCUUCAAAGGAUGGUGAGUCAAUUCUUGAUUUUCCAGCACCCCUGCUUCAUGCUAUUUACUUGCAGGAUUGUCUCAGUGGACAACCUCAAGCUGUAGUAGAACCUAAAACAUUCAAAGAGUUCAUUGUUCUGGUCUUUGGGGCAAUGAAUCCAAUGACAUUACGAAAGAGUUUAGGUGUGGGUAGAGAUGGUCAGCUUCUUGAGCAUGUAUUAGUAUGGCAGAUGGAGUUUUAUCAUGCAGUGAUGCAAGUUCUUCCUGUCAAUAUACAUACAUCAGUAGAUGUUGGAGCAGUCUUUGGGUCAAAUGGGUAUUUGGAUUUCUAUGUUAAUGAUAAACAUAAUUAG